GUUAACUCGUGGAUACGAGACUGGAGAGUAGGAAGUUUGAGUUGAGCGUUGUUGUAUCAGACUACACCACGAGUUGUGUUACGUUCGAUCACGAUUUUACGUUCAGUCAGUACCUAACUACGGUACACAACACUGCUACGUAAUAUGUAUACGUAACAUUUAUAUAUAUAUGUCUAUAUAUAUUUAAAUCUCGUGCGUUUAUUACUCUCGUGCGUCUUUUAAAAACCCGCGGGAAAAUAUAAACAAACAAACCCUUACUCCAUUUUUUAACCAGUGAAUAUAUUUAUAAAUAUAAAUAUACAUAGAUAUAUAUAUUUAUAUACUGGUCGAUUAGUUUAUGAUACAUUUUAGUGGAUUGUGGAUUUUUUAGUUUUUUUUAUGUGAAUUUUUAAAAAUUUGUUUUAUUUGUGUGCAGUAGACUCAUAUGUGUAAACAUAUAUGUAUAUAUUUUUAUAUUGUUUGCCGAUAAAUAAAUAUGGAACAUACUUUUAUUAGAUAAUCGAUCGUCGACCCAAUAUCGGCAUCUAUCAAACGCGAAUACUUGAGUUUGCUGAGUAUUUAAUUAUGUGUAUUGUGAUUAUAUUUUUCAAAUGAAGGCUCAAUAAUAAUUUAUAACAAUCUAAAAAGACCGUGACAAAAUGGGUUUGAUCUGGGUUCAAGCUGUCUUGGUUCUCCACACCUUAGUCUUAGCAUCAGCCACCGGGGACUUUCGACACAUUUCCUACGAAGAUUUAGCAGAAAGAAGUAGUUUAUUCCAAGAAGAAGGUGUAACAACUUAUUCGCAAUUAUUAUUCGACGUUUCCAGACAGCAAAUCGUCGUGGGAGCUAGAGAUAACUUGUAUCGGCUGACGUUGAACUCUCUUACGCCUCUGGAGCACGCGUCGUGGCCAGCGCCACCGGAAAAAGCGACAGUGUGCCAAGACAAAGGUCAAACAGCCCAAGACUGUCACAAUUACAUCAAGGUCCUGCUUACCAAUGGCAAAAGUCUCUUUACAUGCGGUACUAAUGCCUUCAGCCCACAGUGCACAUGGCGUGAGAUUGAAAAUAUAAAUAGUAUAACAAGUUCAGUAUCUGGUGUUGCAAUGUGUCCAUACUCACCACAAGCCAACGUAACGGCACUACUGGCUAAAGAAAAUGCUGGUCUGUUUGCUGGUGCACCGACAGAUUUUUCCGGUACUGAUGGUACUAUUUAUCGCACUCUUGCGGCGCCAAGUCUCCGUACUCAGCAAUACGACUCUAGGUGGCUCAAUGAUCCACAAUUUGUUGGUAGUUUUGAAACAGAAGACCAUGUUUAUUUUAUGUUUCGUGAAGUAGCUGUCGAAUAUAUAAACUGUGGAAAGAAAAUAUAUUCAAGAAUAGCGCGAGUUUGCAAGAAAGAUCCCGGGAGUCCUACAGUACAACGCGGAAUAUGGACAACUUUUAGCAAAGCCCGUUUGAAUUGUUCACUUCCCGGUGAAUUUCCGUUUUAUUAUGACGAAAUACAAGGCGCCGCUUACCAUCCAGACGAGGGGAUCGUCUACGCGAGUUUUACAACACCCAGCAACGCAAUCGCGGGUUCAGCGAUAUGUUCAUUCAACAUGACGGCGAUAAAUCAGGCAUUCAAUGGCCCAUUUAAGCACCAGGAGCAUUCGGGAGCAGCAUGGGAAAAAAAACGUGUUCCGAAUCAGUACCGGCAGCAUUGUGGUCGCGUGGAGCAGCCGGCGGCCCAUCAAAUCUUCGACAAUCAGCGCUACCAGCUGAUGGACGAGGCAGUUCAGACGACAUCCUCGGGGCCAUUGCAUACGACGACUCUCGAACGGUUCACUCACAUCGCGGUAGAUGUCACCCCCACCAAAAUCCACCGCGGGGUCACGGUUCUCUACGUCGCCACCACAGAUGGAGUUAUCAAGAAGAUCUCUGUGCUUCCACGGACUCAAGAGACGUGCAUCGUUGAAGUAUGGGGUCCGUUUCCCUCACCGGCGAUGACGCUCCAGUUUCUGAAAGACUCACAGAGUCUGUAUGUGGGGAUGGAAACUGGAUUGUUGAGGAUUCCCGCGGCCCAGUGCCAUCGGCACAAGAAAGAACAGGCUUGUCUGAAUGCGCAGGACCCGUAUUGUGGUUGGAACGCCCAUUUAAUGAAGUGCGAUCAGGCCCCGACGCAAAAUUAUCUGGCCAAUCAUUGGCUUCAAGAGGUAACGAUGUGCCCAGUGCUGACGGAUCCGGUUGACGGAGGCUGGAGUGCCUGGAGCACGUGGGCUUCUUGUCAACAUGGUACUGCUGAAAUGGCAACUGCUCAUAAUAUCAGAUCACAUUUGCGACCGCACAUUGAUACUGAGAGCCCAGAUACGUGCCAAUGUCAAACGCGAGAGUGUAACAACCCACCACCACAAAAUGGCGGCUCGCAGUGUACGGGCACGCGUAUCAAGGUUGCCAACUGCACAUUGCACGGAGGUUGGACAGCCUGGUCCGCGUGGUCAGCGUGCUCACAAACUUGUGGGUUCGCUAUAAAAACACGUCGCCGCACUUGUACGAACCCAGCGCCAGCUUACGGUGGCCGAGUCUGCGUAGGUCACGACCACGACGAAAUAGUCUGCAUUGAUUUACCACCGUGUCCAACACCAGCUAAAGCGCCCUUACCAGCUCCAACGCAGUCAGCAGGUCAAUGGUCGCCAUGGGGAUCAUGGAAUUCCUGCUCACGGGCCUGCAAUGGCGGAAUCCGCAUACGCAAGCGCACAUGCGACAAACCGGCAUCUUCUACAACACCAUCAACUCCUGAGUGCUCGGGCUGCAACUUCCAAAUCGAGGACUGUAACACGCAUUCAUGCUCCGAAACUCGAAGAUAUUCCGCAUGGACACCUUGGUUAUCAAUAAACGGAAGUCAAACCGCUGUGGGAUUCACUGAAAAACGAUAUCGUUUUAGCUGCCGUGCUCAGACUGAUGACCCGGCCUCAGUGCGUGUAUCCUUGGCUAAAGAAGAGGAACGCUAUUGCCGUAAUGACGGUUCGUGUUUGAGAAAUUCAAUUCUGAAUGCGAACAACAACAACUUCGACAAUUCUGACGGUUGGUCUGAAUGGUCAUCUUGGUAUGCGUGCAGCCGUGCAUGUAAUGGUGGCUCUCAACACCGCACUCGCACGUGUGAGGCGCCACCUUGUGAAGGAUCAAGCAUACAGACGCGCAUCUGCAAUACGAAUCCGUGCAAAGGAGCCACAGAUGGUAUCAAUUCCGUGGACAAUGAGUAUCUGCAAAGCAAAGGUCCUAGAGGCGAAUGGUCAUGUUGGACAGAUUGGUCUGAAUGCUCGGUGUCAUGUGGUGUAGGCUACAGAACGAGAACGCGUGAAUGUUUCAAUGACGCUGGUUCCGUGGCGUCAGGAACUGCGGCUGCAGUUGUUGGUUGCGAAGGUCCCAGUGUGAUGCGCGAGUCUUGCGAGAUGCCCAGCUGCGAGUCGUUAUAUGGAUGGGACACCUGGAGUGGAUGGUCACCUUGCGAUGGCCAGACCCAGUUCCGUAAGCGCCAGUGUCUUAUGGAACAGGGAGAUGGAAUUUGUGAAGGUUCUAGUCGUGAAGUCCGCAAAUGCUGGAUUAAUAUCGACGAAGAUGAUGACGGAACUGGAAUGGGAACUGGAAGUGACUGGGGGAGAGACGGAAUCCUCACCAAUGCUCUGCCCAGAAGUGUCCAUGUUGCGGGAAUUUCAGUGGGAGCUGUCGUUGGUGGCUGCAUCGCUGGUUUUCUGCUGGGGUUGGCGCUCACGGCGAUGAUGUGCUUCUUGUACUUGAGGAGAAGGAAACCUGGGGUUCCCGGAAGUCCUCAUUACAUCAGCAAACAGAAUCCUUAUGUUGCUGUACCAUUGAAAGAGGUUAACGCCAAAAGGCAACCGAGUUUCUCAGGUACUAGCAACGGAAAUGGAACAAUACGCAACAAAACUAAUCCGAAUGUCAACGGACUUGGCAGCCCUAAAUUGUAUCCUAAAGCUCUGGAUUACGAGUCGGCGACUUUGAAAAGAAAUAGUCAUGGUCAGCAACACAUUAGGGCUGAUUUGGAUCAAGAAAAAUAUUAUUGAAGUUAGAAAAAGUGGAAAGAAAUGUGUAUAUAGAACGAUAUCUUAGUUUUUAAGUGUCGUAACCCUGAAAAUUUAUGAACAUCCAUGUUUUCGAAGUAUUGGAAAAUUCACAAUUGAGGCUAUACUUUUUUUAUUUGCACUAAUGCGCAUGCGCAGUAAUGACUUAGUUGUAGAAAAAUGGUGGGUAGAAAGAUCAUUCUUUUACGGAGUCAACUAUAAAAAAACAAAUAAAGAAAAAUAAACAUUCCAUACUCAAGUCAAUGAUUAAUCGUGAUAACCCCAAUUACUAUAAAAUGCGAUUUUAAAUUAGGGUCAGUUUACAAAAUUAAUUUGUAUGAAUGUUUGAGAUUGAAAAUUGGAUUCAGGUAUCAUCGGCUUUAUCCGACAUAAAAACAAAUUUUUACAGAUCGGUCAGACUCGAUAGUAGUCGGCUAUCAUCGGUCAUGUUCGGCCGCGCUGUAAAAAUAGAGAAGCCCAAAAACUAAAACAAUAAGAAAUCAGUACUUUUAAUUAAUUAAUUACAAAAAAAUAUACUUAAAAAAUUUCUAUAGAAAAAUGAAUUGGUAAAUAUUCAAAUGAUUCAAAUUUUGAAAAAUUACGAAAAUUAGGUUAUGACAUUAAUUACUUUGGUAUCGAU